CCAGGAACUGCAGUUUUACCUCGACUCCCACGCGUUGCACACGUGAGAUAUCUUAGUCGAAUCUCCGAUCGAUCGUUCGUCCCCAUUCUGUUCCAACGAUCAACGAUUCGUCUCGUGAGAUCUUGAGCUCUAUCUCAAAACCGAAUCGUAGAAUGACGUUGCUGCCACCGACGCCGGAACAACAGAAACGGAUAGACGCGGAGCUGGCACCGGAUCCCGAAACGAGGAAGCGAGACGUCGCGGCUUUAAGGGAGUGGCUGGCGAAGCAACCUCAUCUGCCUGAUCAUAUUGAUGACGCACGGCUCGAGAGAUUUCUGUUUGGUUGCAAGAACAGCAUCGAGCGAUGCAAAUCAAUUCUGGAGCGAUACUUCACCGUUCGCACCGCGAUUCCGGAAUUCUUCGCUCUGCGAGAUCCUUUCGCGCGGGAGGUCCAAGAAUGCUACCAAGCGACUCAUUAUUUCGUUCUGCCGUCGUUAACGGAGGAGGGACACCGCGUGAGCGUGUUGCGGUUGAGAGACGCGGCGAUAGACAAGUUCUCCAUUCAAGCCAUCUCUAGAAAGAUUCUCAUGGUCCUGGAUACUCGUCUAAUGGAAGAACGCUGCUUGUCCAACGUGAUGGUGAUCGAUCUCGAGGGAUUCAGCGUGGGUCACUUUACGAAAUGCAGCCCGACGCAGAACAUCGUUCGCAAAUCGAUGCUGGCGGUGCAAGACGGUAUGCCUUUCCGUCUUCACAAAGUACACUUUCUCCACGCCCCUGCGUUCAUAGAAAGCAUCCUGAAGAUAAUCUAUCCUCUGCUGAAGGAUCGGCUCGUGGAGAAGUUUCGUGUUCACACCGGCGGCGGUGAAGAGCUGCACGCUUACAUGGACAAAAAUAUCUUGCCGAACGAAUGGGGUGGCAAGGCAGGCUCGUUCGAUGAAUUAAACGACGCAUGGCAGAAGAAGAUCGAGAGGAACAAGGAUUGGUUCCUGCGCGAGGAGAAACUCAGUCGGACCAACGAAAGCGCCAGACUUCCAAACGCUAGGUCUAAGCUGUUGACGGAACUGGACGGACUGCAGGGUUCUUUCAGGCAAUUGAACAUCGAUUAGAAUUAAUUCGCAAGGUGGACACGAAUCUCCGUCCCGACGGAUGUUUUCUCAAGAUCUCGCGCAGCGGGUUAAAUACAAAAGUGGUCUAUUUUUUACAGCUCUGACUCAUACGCCCGUUACCAUUUCCACGUCAAUUGCGACGCUAUCGGUUCUCUCAUUCAAAUCGCUUUUACCAAUGUUUCGAAUCUGAUCAACGAUCUGAUCGCAGCCCCGAUUAAUAAUAAACGGAAGAAGAUUUUAAGA